UACCAGGAAAUGAUCAGAUUCAAUUUAGGGACGCGUUAAGUCUUCAGUCCUUCACAUUGUAUUUGCAUUUUGUAUUAAAUGCAUUAAACUCGUUAAGAGUUACAGAUUUCAAAUAAAUGGAGUCGCACUGCUGCAUUCCUGCGUGUAAGUACAGCAUGGAUCGCUAACUGUUUCGCGUUAUCUUCCGAGGGAAAAGAGUCUGCGUAAAUUCAUGCAAACCAAACAAGAAUGGCUGCGGAGCAGAGAACGAGUUGGAUAUUAACUGGUGCAACCAUCGCCUGUGUGCUUGCACUCUACGUGCCGUGUGUGCAGAGGACAGUCCCCGGCGGAGAUUCAGGAGAGCUGAUCACCACUGCCUGUGAGCUGGGGGUGGCCCAUCCGCCCGGAUACCCGAUCUUCACGCUACUAUCUCACCUGACUAUGCGUCUCCUGCCGACACUUUCACCAGCUCACAGCGUCAACCUCAUGAGCAGCGUGCUGGGGGCAGUGGCAUGUGGCACCCUCUGCAUGACCGUAUGCAGGUUGGUCGGUCCUGGUCCUGGAGCAGCCCUGGCUGGAGGCGUCUUUGCCAUUUCCAGGCUGACAUGGCAGUGGUCAAUGGUUGCGGAGGUUUUCACCCUCAACAAUCUUUUCACUGGGCUGCUCUUCUUUUCUACCGCCAGCUUUCACUCGGCCAAGAAUGCAUCCGAGAGGCGAAAGCAUUCACAGUGGGGGGCGCUUUGCUGCGGGCUGGGACUGUGCAACCAGCAUACCCUGGUGCUGUUUGUACUUGCAGUCAUCCCGUGGGUCUUCUACAGACUUCACUCACACAGGGAACUGUCCCUACGUAGCCUCAUGUCGAUGGGAACGUGCUUCCUGCUGGGUUUUCUGCCCUACAUCUUCCUGCCUAUCUCCUGCUAUAUGAACUCAGCCCGUUGGAGCUGGGGGGACCAGACCACCAUAUCAGGCCUGCUAACCCACCUACUCAGGGCUGAAUAUGGUACCUUCAGUCUGGCAAAGACGCAAAGCUCUGUAAACCUGACGUCAUUACUUAGGGCCCAGUUGGACCACUGCCUGGCAGACCUUUCUCUUCCUGUCGUAGCUCUGGCGGGAUUAGGCCUCCUUCUGUCCUCCAUGAAUAGAAAGUAUUGCUCCGUGUGCUGGCUGUUGGUUUCCAUGCUGCUCAUCUACUCGCUGUUUUUUGCUUGGAGGGCAAAUUUGGACAUCAGUAGACCUUUAUUGUUUGGAGUGGUGGAACGUUUUUGGAUUCAGGGUGAUGCUGUCGUGUGCGUUCUGGCUGGCCUCGGCUCCAGUCUGACCCUCACGAGGCUCGAGAGGUGGCUCGGCCAUGGCGGCUUUUGGAAAACCACGGCCUGGCUCCUCACCAUGGCACUACUUGGAGACAUGAUGCACACUAAUCAUAGGGAGUGUGAUCAGAGCAGCAACGGCGUGGUGGAACGCUUCGGCAGGGAGCUUUUAGCGUCCUUCCCAACAAACUCCAUCAUCCUGACCAGAGGAGAUCUGCCGGGGAACUCCCUCCGCUACCUGCAUUAUUGUCUUGAUGUACGGCCUGAUGUGCGCCUGGUAGACCAGGAGAUGAUGACGUACAGUUGGUAUGUAAGAAAACUGGGACCGCACCUCCCUGGGGUGCAUUUUCCCGGCGGCCAGUGGGACUCGACUCACUCCGAGGAGAAAGACAUCUUCAACCUGGAGCAAUUUCUAAUCCACAACUCCCAGAGGCACGUCUUUGCCUGUAUCGGGCUGCCCACCGGAGACCCGAGCUGGGCUCGUAGUUUCUCCCGCUGGCCCUUUGGUGUGUGUGACUUCUUGGUGCCUGCUCAGAGACAGUUUCACCCUAGAGAGUGGGCCAAUCACACACACAAUCUUUACAACUGGAGCGAGCCACACAACCAUUUCCACUCUGCAUCCUGGGAGCGUGUGGCUAAUGAGGAGAUGUGGCAAGCCAGGAUGAAGACAGCUUUCUUUCUCUUUGACCUGGCUGAAAGGAUGCAGGGAGAGGGCAAAUCUGACCUCUUUGAGCUCUCUUACACUCUGUAUAAGGCGCUUGUGGAGUCCUACGCCAACUACCCUUCAAAUUGGGACAAGAACCUGGCACUGGCCUGUGAGAGGCUCCUCCGCUCAGGUCACCAAGGCUACGGUCUAGACGGCCUGCUGACCUGCAGCAUCCAGCACUUUAUUCUCUACUUGGACAAAGAGCCCGCAGAUCCGCAGGCGCCCGCCAUACGCUCAGCCGUUGCCCACCUGUCAAAAGAAAGAGAUCGGCACCGGCAGAGCCUCAAGCAAACCACCUGACAGGUUUUGACCUGACGCCCAGAAGGUAUGAAGGUAAAAGUGGUUUUUUUGUGCCACGUUGGAUGAACUAAACCGUAAUAGCUGGACUCCAAGAAGCCUCGUAUGACCCCAAUCAAGUUUGUCCCCCAUUGACCCUCCCACUUGAUUGCUUUAUCGUUACAUCUUGAUCGCCCCACCCCCCCUCCCGCUCACGCAGCUUUUAAUGUACUGAUUAUUUUUGCCUUGGCCGACGCUCCACUUCAGUUUUUUUUUUUUCCCUUGCACAUUAGGAUGACAAGAUUGAGGGAAACCCAAUUUGGGGGCCGAAAUGGGGGAUUAGAGCAGCUGUUUAAUCUAGGACAGACUUGCACUGUGCCACCCAGUCCCGGCGCUCGCCACCCAUCCCCCUGUCCAUCCAUCAGUCUAUCUUAGAUGGUCUUUUAAAUGUUUAAAACUAAUGGAUUCGAUUAGGUACCCCCCCCCCCCCCUUUACUCUUCUGUCCUAACGGGAGGCCUGUAAUCCUUCAUGGAUUUAAAUGAAAUGUCACAAUGCCAGAGACCCUUUUAAAGUGCGUGUACGCACACGUGUCUGUUCGUUUUUAAAAUUUUUCUGCAUGUGUGCGGACAUGCGUAGAUCUCAACCAGAGUUCUUCACAUGCCCCAUACAUCCGGAAAUGGCUUCCUGAGAAGAACCCAAAUGUUGAUGUCCCACUGGAGACCCCAGUGCACUUUGCUCUCAAUAAUCUUGACAUUGUUAUGGAAACAAUGGUAGUUGGUGAUUUUCUACAAUGUAGUUUGUGGUUGUUUGACUAUAUUUUUUUACCUUUUGUGUCUAAAGUUGUUUCUAUAGGUUUAAUAAAGAAAUGGGGACCACAGAA